AUGACGGAUGACUCUGCUGCGGAAAAGAAGGCUUUGAAAGUGGUGUGGGAUGAAAGUACACAGUUGCUCUGUCAUUUUCAUGUUGCGCAGGCUGAAUGGCGAUGGCUAUUUUCCCACAAUAUUAAAAAGGAGGACAGACCUUUUCUUAUGAACCUUUUUCAAUGUGUCAUGCAUGCAGCUUCAGAAGAGGAACUCCAAACUGCAUAUGAGAAUCUCUUAAAAGAGACAGAGCGUUAUCCAGAGUUUGUGAAACGCUUUUUGAAGUUUUUUGAGCGCAGAGAAGAUUGGGUUAAGUGGUACAGAAGAAAUUUAAUCACUCGCCAAAAUAACACAAAUAACUAUGCAGAAGCAAGUAUCCGAAUUUUAAAGGAUGUCAUACUGCACCGCACCAAAGCAUUCAACGUUGUUGCAUUAUGUGAGUUUUGCAUUGAUGUGUGGGAAAAAUAUCUGGUGAAAAAAAUAUUGGACUUUGCCUCCUCACGGAAAUUGAGUGUUUUCCUCAUGUAUGCCUCUCUGCAAAAAAAAGUGGCAGAUUUUAAAGAGAGUAAUGUUGAGGAAAUUGGUGCUGAUGUAUUCAGCAUAAAGAGUGGUGAGAAGACAUAUAUUGUGAAAUCAGAUGUUGGUGUUUGUUCUUGCCCUGCAGGAAUCUCUGGUGCCUUCUGCAAACAUCAAUUUUUUUUGAUGCAGCUGAAGAAAUUAAGUCUCCCGAACGCUCCUCCUACUGGACAAACUGAGAGGCAUAAUUUAUCUAUUUUAGCGUUGGGCCCUAAAUGCCCUCCAGAAUCCUUUUUUUCGGAUUUUGUUCAAGCUGAAACUCCAGUUUCCAAUCCUUCAGUGGUUGAAACUGCUGACACAGCUGAAUCUGAGGUAGCCACCUCAAUUGCCGAGGAAGAGGUAUCAAAUCUGGCCAGUUCAGAACUAAAAAUGGAAAUGUUAACUGAACUGGACAGAAUAAAAAAUAUUCUUUAG